AUGGGUUCGGGCUUGAGUUUGAGCUCGGGUUCGACCCUUUUUGGUCCCGGUCGAACUUACUGGGAUUAUACUGAUACUAAUACCCGUACCAGUGCGGGUGGGAAUUGUUAUAAUGGGCGCGGCGGGGAAUUUAGUGCUCAGGACGUUAAUGAGAGACACUAUGAGAGAUAUUCUCCUGCUCGGAACUACACCGGGGGAGGGUAUAAGUAUAACCGUGACAGGAGGGGAUUCAGUGAUUUCAAUGGGAGAUACAACACGAGGUACAGCGGACUCAAUAGUAAUGACAACCUCAAUGGUUCCCCUACCACAAGAAAUGCACUGAGCACCAGCCCAGACUCUUACUGCCCUCGUCCCCGGAUCCUGUUCUACACCGACUGCAGCAGGGAUGAUUAUGAUUAUGAAUCCCAAGUCAAACUUGACCAGCCUCAUUUCGGGUUCACGAAUUUUUCUCGACAUGGUGUUGUGUUUGAGGGGAAGAGGUACCCUACGGGGGAACAUCUUUUUCAGGCUUUUAAGUUCAUCGACUAUCGCCCUCUCAUUGCAGACCAUAUCCGCACAUUCUCCGAUCUCCCGAGGAUAGCCCGCACGGAAGCACAUAAGCUCCAAGCGGAGCAGAGAGUGGAUUGGAAAGAGGUGAAGAUUGAAAAGAUGGAACUCAUGUUGUACUUGAAAUUCACUCAACAUGAGGAACUUAUCGAGGAGCUGGUGUCUACAGGGGAUGCGGAGCUCAUUGAGGUGUGUUGGAAUUUUUUUUAA